UCUGCUCUUUGGCAGUGGUUUUCACACAGUUAACAUUUGAUGACAGUUGCACCAUUUCAACAUAAGAGUCUGCUGACUAUUAUUUCAGUCUGUCACCACAGAGCAAGGACACCCAAAAUGAAGCUGCUGACACCACUCCAGACCUUUGUAUUGUGCACUCUGAUCAGUUGUGUUAUAAACUGCUGCAACACAGAAAGGAACGAAGAAUGCAGAAAAAAGGAGGGACGCAUGAGCCGCAAAUUCCCCAUUGUCCAGAUUUUCAACAAAAAUACCAACAAAUCUAUCAACACCUUCAAUGAUUCUUCAAUUCAGCACCUGAGAAGUAACAUAACCAGAGCGCUGAUCCCCUACUUCUUCCUCCUGGUGUUCAUUAUUGGUCUCCCAGCCAACGGGCUGGCUCUCUGGAUCCUCAUCACAAGGAUCAAGCAACUUCCCAGCACUUUCUUACUCAUCAACUUGGCCCUCGCUGACCUGUUCGUCAUCCUCUCCCUCCCUUGGAGAAUCGCCUACCACUUGCUGGGCAAUAACUGGCUGUUCGGUGAGGUGUUCUGCCGCAUUUCCACUGCUGUCCUCUAUGGGAAUGUCUACAGCUCCAUUCUAUUCCUGACCUGCAUUGGCGCCGAUCGAUAUCUGGCCAUAGUCCACCCCUUUAUCUCAAAAGAAAUCCGGAACAACACGACUGCAUACUGCAUUUGUGGAGGAGUCUGGUUGCUGCUUGUGCUAAGCAUGGUGCCACAUUACAUCACCAAACAGUCAUACUGGAUUGACACUCUCAACAUCACCCUGUGCAAUGAUGCACUCCCUGUACAGACACUGGAAACCUACCACCCUUACUUAAUUUGUCAGGUGAUGUUUGGCUUCAUGAUUCCAUGUUUAAUUGUUGUCUUCUGUUAUAUAUCUAUCAUUUCGUCAUUAUUUCUAAAUGAUAUGAAGUAUGGCCAUGCAAUUAUGGCCACCCUGCUGGUCCUGCUGGUGUUCCUAGUGUGUUUGACUCCCUUUAACAUGACCUUGUUGAUCCAGGUCUACACACAAAGCAGCGAUGUAUACUAUUAUACCAUGAUCUGCCUGGCGGUUAGUACCUUCAGUAACUGCAUCGACCCGUUCAUCUACUACUAUAUCUCUGAGGAGUUCAGGAACAAGCUGAAAAGUCUGAUACCUGCCUAUAAAACUGAGACGGGUUCUGGGAAAUCAGAUCAGAGUAUCCUCCAGAGCAGCAGUCAAUCGCAGCCCAAUCCUCCCCUGUCGGAGUAGUUUCCAGCCCAUCUGUUGGUGGGCUCAAAGCCACCUUGAUAUUGUGCAAGUUGAUGGAACUUAGACAGAAGGCCUAAUUUUUGAGUGGAUCUUGGCAAACCCCAGUAACAAGGAGUCUGUAAAGUUGCUGUGGACAUCCCCCUUCUCACUCAUUCCUAAUCUGUUGUAUUUCACUGUUAGUUAUCAUGCAUCUAAAGUGAUAUGUGUAGCUUAUGUGCAAUGAUUUUUAGAGCAAUUAAUGACUGUAGUUCAUCAGGAUAAUUACACUUGUCAGAGAAAAUUAACUUUUUUAUGAAUUAAAUACCUGAUCACAUGUCUAUCUUCAGUGUUCAUUGAAAAAAACUAUUCAACUAAUUCUUUUCCACUGCCCUUUCCCCAGAACCAGUUCAAUCAUUCAAUUUCCCUUUAAAACAAACUCCACAGAUAAUAACAGGUCACAUGGUUCCACCCUUAGCCACAGUCUGUGUUCUCAACACAGGGUAGAGCAGGCUACUGGUCAUUGCUGUUAUACCACUCUCCUCUGCUUGUACAAAAUAACCAUAUGCCAGAAGCUAGCAGGAACCCAAGGUCUCCAAACCCCAGAAACUCACUAGCCAGUCCUUUACCAAAUGAUACAGAGGAGCAUAGUUUAGUAUGAGCUGCAGCGAAACAGAGCUUUGGUUGGAUACAUCUGGAGCAACUGGAUUCCAUUCUGGGGAUUGCAAAAUAUGGAGUGGCCUUGAAGAGGGGAAUGCAGAUUCAAGCGGACUAAAAGGAUUAAAUUAUGUUGACAGACUUCAUGGACUAACUUUGUAUUCCCUCGAGCUUGACAGAUUAAAGGGUGACUUUCCAAAAUGUUUAAAAUGCUAAAGAAAUUUAGUAGUCUUAGUCAGGGUCAAGAUCGAUUAGGAUUAUUUGGGUAAAGGGAUUUGGAGCUCUGGUGAAAAAAUAGAGAUGUAGAUUCAGUUUAUUAGCAGAACAAGCACAAGGAGUUGAAUGGAUUCCUAUAUGUGAUCCACUGGUCGACACUUCACAGGGGUUCACAACAGAACCAGAACCCAGGCCCAAAACUGUGGAACUUCCAUCCUAAACCUCCCCACCUCCAGCUUUCUAUGUCUGAAACUCCAGCAUGAAGAGACAUUGUACAAGUUGCUGAAACUGUAGCUGUGCUGUUGUUCCCUCUGGUGGCAAAUCACAGGAUCACAAUAAAUAAACAAAUCUCACACA